CAUCUUCUAGGCUCACUGAGCGCUUUGCCUGUUCUGCGGCGGCUGACGCUACGGAGUGUCCCCCGCCCCCGGCCUUGUGUGUCCGACUCGGCAGCAGUGGUGUGUGCUUAUUGCCAAGUGCGGAGCAGUUACCCUUGGGGCGUCGGGGCUGGGGAGUGGUUGGCGCUGGGAACGCAAGAACGGGCAAAGGCGGGGCCGGCGGCCGCGCCAGGAGUUAGCGCAGAUUCUGCCGUUAGGGCACCCCCUUGCCUUGCUAAACACCUACUCGCCCGUCUGUCUCCAUGUGGUGGUGUGUGUGCGCUGCCCAGUCUUCUUGACAGUGGAGCGUUCCAAGGAUUUCAUAGUUAAGUUGCUUUUACAGAAUUAACAGGUCUCCAAGAAAUAAAAAAAUAAAAAGGUCAUUAUUGCUGUGGUUUGAGCUCAGCAUGGCUGUAGUCAUCCGUUUACUGGGGCUUCCUUUUAUUGCGGGGCCUGUGGAUAUUCGCCACUUCUUCACGGGAUUGACUAUUCCUGAUGGAGGAGUGCAUAUAAUUGGAGGGGAAAAAGGGGAGGCUUUUAUUAUUUUUGCAACAGAUGAAGAUGCAAGACGUGCCAUAAGUCGUUCAGGAAGGUUUAUCAAGGAUUCAUCUGUAGAACUUUUUCUUAGUAGUAAGGCAGAAAUGCAGAAGACUAUAGAAAUGAAAAGAACUGAUCGCAUAGGAAGAAAGAGACCAGGAUCUGGGGCAUCAAGGGCUGGCAGCUUAUCUAAUUUUGUUGAAGAUAUUAAGAAAGAAACAAGUAAUUCUGGAUAUGACUCUUCAGUUAAUCAAGAUGAUGGGUUUCAUACCAAUGGUACAGGACAUGGUGAUUUAAGGCCAAGAAAGACACGGCCAUUGAAGGCUGAGAAUCCUUAUUUGUUUCUACGAGGUUUGCCUUACUUAGUGAAUGAAGAUGAUGUACGUGUCUUUUUCUCUGGUUUGUGUGUGGAUGGAGUAAUUUUCUUAAAACAUCACGAUGGCCGAAAUAAUGGUGAUGCCAUAGUAAAAUUUGCUUCUUGUGUUGAUGCUUCAGGUGGUCUUAAAUGUCAUAGAAGUUUUAUGGGUUCAAGAUUUAUAGAAGUAAUGCAAGGCUCAGAACAACAGUGGAUUGAGUUUGGUGGUAAUGCAAUUAAGGAGGGUGACAUGCCUUUGAGAACUGAAGAACAUUCUCCACCAAGAGGAGUUAAUGAUAGGCAUUUUGGGAAACGAUCUCGUUCAAAAUCUCCCAGAAGAACACGUUCUCGUUCUCCUUUUGGAUUUUAUGUUCAUUUAAAAAAUUUGUCCCUGGGUAUUAACAAAAGAGAUUUAAAAAAUUUCUUUAGAGAUACUGAUCUGUCCAGUGAACAGAUUAAGUUUUUGUAUAAAGAUGAAAGAAGAACAAGAUAUGCCUUUGUGAUGUUCAAGACUCAGAAAGACUAUAACACUGCUCUGGGUUUACAUAAGACUGUUUUACAGUAUCGUCCAGUUCAUAUCGAUCCAGUUUCUAGAAAACAAGUGCUGAAGCUCAUUGCAUGUUACGAAAAGAAAAGACCACCUUCAAUAGGGAAAGAGAGGCUUGGACAUGUUUCUGAGAAAUACUGUCAAGAAGGCCACUCUGGCCAGAAGCUGUGCAUAUAUAUAAGAAAUUUCCCAUUUGAUGUUACAAAAAUUGAAGUACAGAAGUUCUUUGCAGAUUUUUCUCUUGCUGAAGAUGACAUUUACCUGCUUUAUGAUGACAAAGGAGUUGGUCUUGGAGAAGCACUGGUGAAAUUCAGAACAGAAGAACAGGCCAUGAAAGCUGAACGGUUAAAUCGCCGAAGAUUCUUGGGGACAGAGGUAUUAUUGAGACUUAUAUCUGAAGCACAAAUGCAGGAGUUUGGUGUAAAUUUUCCUUUGAUGUCCAGUGAAAGGAUGCAAGGUCAUUCACAGUCUUGUGAUAGAGAGGACCAUUUUCAUUCAUUUGACUCAAAUGAUCCACCAAUAUACUCAGUUGGGCCUUCUGAAAACGUGAGGCGUCAGCAAGAGGACUUGAGACACAUGGAUAAUUUCAAGCAUCCCCAUCCUGAUAGGCGUGCUCCGGAAGACUUUAGACAUUCCCCAGAGGAUUUCAGGUGCCCCUGGGAGGAGGACUUCAGGCGCCCUUGGGAGGAGGACUUCAGGCGUUCCCGGGAGGAGGACUUCAGGCGCCCUCGGGAGGACGACUUCAGGCGCCCUCGGGAGGACGACUUCAGGCAUUCUUGGGAAGAGGACUUUAGGUACUCACCGGAGGAGGACUUCAGGCACUCACCGGAGGAGGACUUCAGACACCCUCGGGAGGAAGGUUGGAGGCGACCACCUGAGGAGGAUUUUCGGCGGCCUUCCAAAGAGGACUUUAGGCGACCCAUGGAGGACUGGAGGCGACCUGCCGAGGGAGACUUUAGGCGGCUACCUGAGGAAGACUGGAGGCGGCCAUUUGAGGAGGAUUUCAGGCGUCAUCCACAGGGGGAAUGGAGGAGACAACCUGAGGAAGACUAUAGGCGGCAGCCUGAGGAAGACUUCAGGCGUUCCCCGGAAGAAGACUUCAGGCGGCCACCCCAGGAACAUUUCAGGCGUCCACCUCCAGAACACUUCAGGAGGCCGCCUCAGGAGCACUUUCGGCGACCCCCCCAAGAGCACUUCCGGCGGCCAGGUCCGGAGCAUUUUCGGCGACCACCUCAGGAACAUUUCAGACGGCCACCACAGGAACAUUUCAGGCGACCCCGAGAGGAAGAUUUCAGGCACCCACCAGAUGAAGAUUUUAGGGGUCCCCGUGAUGAAGAUUUUAGGCACCCACCUGAUGAGGACUUCAGGAGCCACCAGGAGGAAGAUUUUAGAUGCCAUUCUGAUGAGGACUUAAGGAGGAUCCCUGAGGAAGAUCUCAGGGAAACUUCAGAGGAAGACCCUAGACUUCCUGACAACCUUAGACCCCCUGGGGAAGAGUUUCGGAGUCCACCUGAUAAUUUUAGAAGUCAUCGUCCUGUUGUGAAUUUUGGUCACCCAGAAGGUGGCAAGUUUGAUUUUGGAAAGCGUAAUAUGGGAAGUUUUCCUGAAGGGAGAUUUAUGCCUGAUCCAAAAUUAAAUAGUUCAAGUAGAGUAACUCCUAUUAAGAUAAUGAAUCUUCCAUUUAAAGCUAAUGUUAAUGAAAUUCUAGACUUUUUCCAUGGUUAUAGAAUCAUUCCUGAUUCUAUUUCAAUACAGUAUAAUGAGCAAGGUUUACCGACAGGGGAAGCCAUUGUUGCUAUGAUAAACUACAAUGAAGCUAUGGCUGCUAUUAAAGAUCUAAAUGAUAGGCCAGUUGGUCCUCGCAAAGUUAAGUUAAUUUUGCUCUAGAGAGUAUUUCUAAGUUCAGAAUUAACUUCCUCACAGUAUUGAUUCAGUAAAAUGCAUUUAUGUUCUUAAAAGGUGUUUUUUUUUUAAAUUAAUGAAGAAACCAUUUUAUUUUGAUCUGUGAGUAGAACAAAUGUAAAUAGUAGAAUGUGAAUCUGGUUUUCUUUUGCCUGCAAAUUGCCAUUCAUUUUUUCUAAUUUAAAAUCAUAUAUAUAUUUUUUCCUAGGGGAGAGAAUUCCCUGGGUUCAUAAAUUUUUGUUGAUUCCUCAAGACUUGUGUAAAGUAAACUGUAUUUGGGGAGCAUAAAUUUUAUAUUUGCUUUUGUUUCCAUUCUGUAGUUUACAUUUUUUAUUCAAACUGUAUUAGGAAAUGGUCAGUGACUAUUGUUCAGGUUUAGCAUUUUAUUGCUAUUGCCUGCAAAUUAAUGCCCUCUUCCUUGUCUUGAAAUAUUACUAUGUUAAACCUCCUGUUAACUAUAUAAUACAAAAUGGACGGACUGUGAACUUAAAGUUUACGUAUGUAAAAAGCUGAGGAGAUUCUUAAAGUUUCCAUGUUCUUAACUUGCAGAGUUUUAUAAAAAUAAAAAAGAUUACAACUGAAUAGACCAACUAAGUAACUGUACUUGUAUUUAUAAAAAACAAAAAGGAAUUGCAGCUUCUUUUAUAAUGAUUUUCAACAACUAUAAACAAUAUUUACGAUUGAUGGGACCAAAUAUCCUAUAGUACAUUAUUAGUAGAGUGCUGUAUAUACUUCCAUGGUUUCUUCAACAUCUCAUCAACCAAAUUUGUAAGAUUAACUUAAAUACUUAAGUAAAAAAAUAAGGAUGCAAUUAUAGGUUUAAGGACACUUAACAGGCUUGUGCUGGGAAGAAUGUGACAGAUGGAUAUAGUUAUAUAGUUAGGAAUAAUUCACUGAUAAUUCAUAUAACUUAAAAA